CUGAAAGCCUCGGAAGUCCCCUGGAGCCUGGAUGCCGUGGUCACGUCACCACGAACUGUUGAGCCUCACAGCCCGUCCUUAUGAUAGCUGCAUUCCUUAACCUCAGCCUCGUCUCUUCACACAUCACCGUGAGAGAGCUUGUACAACAACAAUAACCUCCGCAAAAUGCCCCUGCCAUGACGUCCAGAUCCUCGCCGUCGCGCCCCUCCGUCCGCCCCCUCCACCUCACCAUCCGCUUCUCUACAUCGCAGCCAGAUCUCGACCUCGAAAUCCCCUCCCCCCCGACCACUACCGUCCUCGCUCUCAAGCACCUCCUACGCUCGCGCCUCAGCUCACGUUCCCGCCUGCGCCUGAUUUACCAGGGCCGCCUUCUCCCCGACGCUUCAGCCCUCAGUUCCGUCCUCAGGCCGCCGCCGCCGCCGCCACCAUCAGAUGAUCCGAAGGGCAAGGGGAAGGCUGUCGAUGGCCCGCCAGUUGCGCGCGUCUAUGUGAACUGCUCUAUUGGCGAUGAGCUAUCCAGCGAGGAACUUGCGUUGGAGGAGGCUUCCGCGGCCAAACCUCCCGAGGAUUCUCAAGCCGACAGCUCUAAGCCAACGACGUCAACCAGGCCGCGCCCGAGAGGCUUCGAUCGGCUGCUCCAGUCGGGAUUCACGGCCUCUGAGAUCUCGACUCUGCGCACCCAGUUCGCAUCUAUCCACACCGCACGCUACACUCCAGACUCGAUGCCCUCCCCUGAUACCCUGCGUAACCUCGAAGACUCGUGGAUCGACAACAACGCCAGCGGCAUUCCUUCAGAAUCCAACCCUCUCGAAGAUGAAUACACCGGCCUAGCGUCCGUAUUGGAGAUUCUGUUCCGUGCCAUGCUAGUCGGCUUCUUCUUCCCGCUCGGCAGUUUGACUUGGCUAUUACGUGAAGAGGGCAUCUGGAGUAAGCGGUGGCAGAUAUUCGUGGGUUUUGGCGUCGUCUUUAGCUUGAGUAUUGGUUUCAUCAUGGGAAUAUCGGGUGAUCGGACGUGACUGCCAUGAUUCUAGGCUUUGUAACAUGUAACAUUGACGGGUAGAAAGGUGUCUGGCGUUUACAUGGGGACUCUACAAGGGAUAUCGCGGGCUUUCAUAGAUUCCAUUUCGGGAACUCCCGACUACCGUCUCAAGCCUCGGGAUGCAACUCAAACAUCGUCUCCCACGCGCCAGAACUCCCUAGUCUGUGAUGGUAUAAAAAGCAACAACCAGCCAUGCCAAUUUUUUUAAUUACCGCCAUCCUCCUACAUUCCAGCAACUUACAAGUACAAGCUCUGGGCGGCGACAAUGUCCCUGCGGAUCUUGGAAAGACUAUCCUCGAACUUCUUGGUCAAGUCGUCGUUGCCCAUGACCUUGGCGGCCUGAGCCAUCUGUCGCAGCAGCUCCUCCAGUCGGCGGAAGAGACGGAUCAACGAGCCUUCAUAGGUGUUUGUCAUUUUGCUAUGCAAGUUAGC